UCAUACCGGAUGAGUUCAUGGAGGCAUGAGGAGUCUGAUUUUUGCCUUCCAGUUAUACAAACAUCUGGAAAGCCGAGGUUCUUUACAAGGGCCGGCUCGGUGUCAACUGCAAAUCAGGUUGUUAACAGUUAGACCCUCGCUCCUACCAGCAGGUGGCAGAGGAGACCAGCUCUCUCUCACCUGUGACCUUCCUCUGCAGCUAGAGGGGUCAAACAACCACCCCCUUCCCUCAAAACAGAAACACUACGUUCCCGUCGCCUGUGUCGAACACUAUUAUGGACCACACAGAGGCAGAGAAAGUAGGCUGAAACACAAGGCAGCAGCUGCAGACGUGGAGCUGGAGGAAAUCAGCUGUUAUUUCCAGUAAAGAAGUGUGUCCGAUGGGUGGGGGGGCCACCAGGCUGUACAGCGCCCUGACUCCGCCCCUCAGCAGCUCUGCUUUCCCCCCGCCUGCAGUCACAAACCUGGAUCCAGCAUUCUGUCAGGAGCAGAAGGGGGCCCCUGUGUGUCCCGCAGAGCUGCUCAGACAGUGUGAGGAGGCCCUCAGGGGCCGAGCGCCUCGCUUCCACAGGAAGUUCACUCAGCUGCCGGAUGGAAGCGGCGCCCCCAGCAACUCCAUCAGGGUGAUGCAGUGGAACAUACUGGCCCAAGCUCUUGGCGAGGGGCUUGACAGCUUCGUCCAGUGUCCCCCGGAGGCCCUCAGCUGGUCCCGCAGGAAGUACCUCAUCUUAGAGGAGAUCCUCACCUACCGCCCUCACAUACUGUGUCUGCAGGAAGUGGACCACUACUACGACACCCUCCAGCCGGUCCUCGCAGGCCUGGGCUACAGCAGCAACUUCUGCCCCAAGCCCUGGUCCCCCUGUCUGGAUGUGGAUGGCAACAACGGCCCCGACGGCUGCGCGCUGUUCUAUGACGAGUCGCGUUUUGAGUUCCUGGACAGCGUCAACCUCCAGCUCUCCGCCAUGAGGAUUCCAACCAAUCAGGUCGCCGUGGUAACGAUGCUGCGCUGCCGUAGCUCGGGGAGAUGUGUGUGCGUGGCGGUGACCCACCUGAAGGCUCGCUCCGGCUGGGAGUGGCUCCGCAGCGCGCAGGGCUCCGACCUGCUGAGACACCUCCAGACUCUGGUCCAGAAACACGCCCACGACUCUGCAGGCGCCCAGACUCUGGACAUUCCUCUGCUCAUAUGUGGAGAUUUCAACGCCAUCCCGACUGAGGAGGUGUACCGACGUUUCGCCGCAUCGCCUCUUGGUUUGGACUCCGCCUACAAGAGGCUCAGUGAGGACGGUUCCACUGAGCCGGAGUACACAACGUGGAAGAUCCGUCCUACGGGUGAGUGCUGCUCAACCCUCGACUACAUCUGGUACAGUCGGGACACACUGAGGGUGGACGCAGUUUUGGACAUGCCCACAGAGGAACAGAUUGGGCCCAACAGGCUUCCGUCCUUUAGCUAUCCAUCCGACCAUCUCUCUCUGGUUUGUGACUUCAGCUUUAAGGAGAAGGAGUGAGGUGAAGCAGAAGAUGAAGGGACGACACUGAGAAGAGAAACUGUGGCUCCUGGUUGGCUUCUCUCCACAAGAAAGCUUCAGGAUGUGACGCCAUGUGGGAGCGAUGAUGGAGACGGGACACAGAGAACUAGAGGGGAGGUUGGGAAAUGCAACUGGAAUUGAAAAGUCUGAUCACUUUACACGCAGAUGUUGCGGAGAUAUACACUGCAAAAAUUGAAGAUGCAAAUCUACCUCCCCAAAGUGUAACACUAUGCGAUAUCUGCACCAGGUUACUGAUCUGGACCUUCAUCAGUACUGAAACACAAAUUAAAAAAUGUACCAGUAUUGACGAUAGCGGUGAUAUUUAAAUAGUAUUGGAUGGUGAUUGUUCUUGCAUUUAUAUUGUGCCUUUAUAGUCCUCCUACCACUCAAUGCGCUUUAACACUACCCAUUCACACGCUAAUGGCAGAUCUAGCCACACACCGAUGGCUAUAUCUUGGGGGGAUUUGGGGCCCAAGGACACUUCCACAUGUGGAUUUAAAGAGCCGGGUAUUGAAACUGUCACACACAAAGGACUGUAACUUCAUUACCAAAAAAGAGAAAAUACAAUAAAAUGUAAAGAGGA